AUGGCGACUUCGCGGUUCCCUCAGACCGAUCUACGUCGUCAGGUCGGGUCUCCGAGGCCCAAGACGCGAGAAAACAAAGAAACGCUCUGCCGAAACGUCCUCAUCUACGGGCAUUGUCGUUACGAAGACCAGGGAUGCACCUUUUCCCACGAUCUAAACAAGAAUAAUAACAAUGGAACCCAAUCCGACAUGUCCAAAAGGGCUCUCAACGUCGAAUCUCCGUCAUUUACCCCUGCAAGCAUCCAACCCCCCCCUCUGGUCAGAAAGGCCACCAUCCCCACGCAAGCUGCGAGUGCGCCAGCUUUUACUCCUCGAGCCUUGGGCGCCGGCGCCCCCGUCCUAGCUCCAGCAGACCCCGAAGCAGCGGUUUUCAACCCAGCUGCCAUCCGCGAAUUCACGCCGAGCUUUGAUGUGAGCUCGCAGACUGGCGUAAAUGGAUCCGCGCAAGACGCCGCCGUACCCUAUGACCCCUUCGCUAUGGCGGCCGUCGGCCAAAGCCUACCCGCGGCCCCUUACAACCCUUAUGCCGACGACCACGGCGCCAUGGCCGGCAGCUCGUCCUUUUUCCAACCGCAGGGCGCCUUUACUACACCUCUCCAGCCGCUCCAGCACCACCUCUAUGCCCCCGUUGGCCCGCACCGGGAGGAUCUGAUGCCGUACCACCGGAUGACGCACGACUUUUUCCUCCCCGAGAAGAUCCGAGAGGAGCUUCAGAAAAAGGCUGAAGCCUCACUGCAGAUUAUACCAAAUUCCCAGCUACCCCAGCUGGACAACUACCACUCGCUCGUUGCUCUGGACACGACCCACAGGAAGAACGCAAACAUUUUUGGCUAUCCCAGCUGGGUCUACAAGGCAACCUCUUCCAAGACCGGACACCUGUAUUGCCUCAGACGGCUCGAAGGCUUCCGGCUUACCAAUGAACACGCCAUCCGGUCCGUCAAGGAAUGGAGGAAGAUUGACAAUGCCAACGUGGUGACGAUACACGACGCCUUCACCGCCAGGGCGUUUGGGGACAGCUCCCUGAUUUUCGUUCAAGAUUAUCACCCGAUAUCCAAGACGCUUGCCGAGGCUCACCUCACCCCAGGCGCCGGCGCCGGCAACCGAUUCCAGCCAAAAGGGCCGAUCCCCGAGCCGGUCCUGUGGGCCUACAUCUCCCAGAUCGCCAACGCGCUCAGGGCUAUCCAUUCCGUCAACCUAGCUGCACGGUGCAUCGAUGUGAGCAAAAUCAUCCUGACGGACAAGAACAGGAUCCGGCUCAACGCGUGCUCGGUGCUCGACGUCGUCCAGUUUGAUCUGCGGCGACCUGUGCACGAGCUGCAGCAAGAAGACUUUUUGCAGUUUGGCCGCACCAUGCUGUGCCUCGCCGCGAGUACGCCGCCGGUGCAGCUCACCAACCUCAACGCAUCGGUAGAGCAGAUGAGCCGGUCAUACUCAACGGAGCUGCGGGACACCAUUGUCUGGCUUCUGACUCCCCAGCAAGCACCGACCCCAAAGACGAUCGACGAGUUUGUCCGGGGCAUCGCCGGCCACAUUGUCGCCGCACUCGACCAGAGCCAACACAAGGCCGAUGAGCUCAACGCGGGGCUCUUCCGGGAGCUGGAGAAUGGCCGCAUUGCACGUCUACUAAUGAAGCUGGGCGCCGUCAACGAGCGUCACGAGUUUGACGGCGACCGAGCUUGGUCCGAGAAUGGAGAGCGAUACAUGCUGAAGCUGUUCCGAGACUACGUCUUUCACCAGGUCGACAGCAAUGGAAACCCGGUCCUGGAUCUCGGGCACAUGAUUCGGUGCCUCAACCGCCUCGACGCGGGCACGGACGAGAGAAUCUGCCUGACGAGCCGCGACGAGCAGACCAGCUUCCUCGUCAGCUAUAAGGAGCUGAAGAAGCAGCUGGGCAAUGCUUUUGGAGAGCUGCUCAAGGGGAGCAAGCAAGGGAGGGGCUUCUAG